AUGUCUUCUGCCCUGCAGGAUCCCCUGCUGUGCAGGUCGGCCACCUCCGCCUUGGCCAAAGCCCCCCAUGGGGCAAGGAACGGAGCCAAAGACCUCACCAACAGCAUUUGGGUUUUAGAAAAUGCCAGUUCAAGAGUUAAAAGCAUGAAAGCUACCAAACUGAUCUUAGGUUCCAAAAAAGCCUCAUCUGUUUCCCCCUCUCAAGGGCUCCUCUCAUCCUCUGGAGACCCACGUGUUCAGGACUAUCCUUUCCCUGAAUUACAUGAUCCUGCUGAAACCACUAUAGGAAGUGCUGCUGUAGAAGUAGGAAGGAAAGCUGCAGGAAACACCCCUGAAAAAAAUGUUUUUACCACAAACUCUCCAAUUUCUGCCACAGAUUCUGCCCUCACCCUGAUAUCCACUGAUGACCACACCAAUGAGAGGCACUCGGAGUACACCAGCACCAGCACUGAGCCACCCCCUCCAGAAACCUCUGUUCCCUUGCUGUCGUACCCCGGAGAUGAGUUUGAGACCCAGCUAAACCAGCAGCUUCACAUCCUCAUUCCCAACAAGGAGGUUAGGGGGCUCAUUUCGUAUAUCAUAACCAGUCUGAAAAAGGACUGUUCCGAGACCCGCAUGCACCUGGCUUGUGCCAAGCUCAUCUCCAGAACAGGCCGCCUGAUGAAGCUGCUCAGUAAGCAGCAGGAAGAGAAGGUGGCCCAGGCCCAGUGGGACACAGAGCAGUGGAAGAGUGAGACCUACAUCAACAAGAGCUCAGGGGUCUCCAGCAAUCAGAAAGCACAAGGUGAGCCAAGGGACCACACACAGGAAGUUCCAGGACACAGCUACAACAAGAAGCUCAUCCUGGCAAUAUCAGUGACGGUGACCCCAGUGCUUCUGAUCAUCAUCCUCUGUCUCAUCGAGAUUUGCUCGCACAGAACAGCUUCGGGGAAAGAUGAGGAAGGGUCGUCAAGUAGCGAUUGCGGGCCGAGAGGGAGGUACUCAGUGGAAAAGGACAGUCAGGAGGGCUUCUCCUCGUUUUCUCAGCCGCUGUGGCGCUGGUACCUGCGCAGACCUCUCAGCCUCUCUCAGCAGCAUAGCAUGGCAAAGAAGCUACACCACAAGGACUCUUCCAGCAAGGAUGAGAGGGUCAUAUGGGAGGCCAGCGAAAUCUCCUCAGAGUAAUCUACAAAGGCAACUGAG